AUGCAGCCCGUGGAGUCAGAUCAAAGGUGCGCCGCAGGACAGGCCGCUCGCAACGCUCUCGCUGGAAGCUCAAAUGUGUGUGUCCACCCACAGGCCCGGGCCUUCGUCUGCUCGCUCGUCACUCCCGUCUGCCUCGACAGGUUCAUCCAGCCGUGUCGGAGCGUGUGUAUGGCCGUGAAGGAGAGCUGCGCUCCCGUGUUGGCCUGUCACGGACACGCCUGGCCCGAGGCCCUGAACUGCAACCGGUUCCCCGCGCAGGACGACACGUGUCUGACGCCGCUGCCAAAACACAUCAGCGCCUUCUCCAAACAAUUCCCUCAGCCUGUGUGCCAAAGCUGCCCGUCUGUGGAGGAGGCGCCGUCUCUCAGAACCGUGCUGGACGCCCUGUGCCUCACCGACUUCGCUGUGAAAGUCAAGAUCUCUCGGCGCCGCCUGCUGUCCUCUGAGCCGGAGCUGACGGUGGAAGGCCCGGUGGAGUUCAUCCAGCGCGGCCCGCUGCUCCCGUACGACACGGCCAGUCUGAUCCAGCGCUGGCUGCUCAUCAACCUCAGGUGCGCGCUCUCGCUGGUCCGGCCCGGCCGCGCGCAGCUCUACCUCAUCACGGGCACCAUGCGCGCGAGCGGCUCCAUACAGCUCUCCAGUCUGUUCCCGUGGCUCAAGAAAGACCUGCACAUCGCGGUGGCCGCACACAAAUGGAAGCACCACAAAUGCUGA